AUGGGUAAAGAUUGCAAAAAGUCGCCGAUCAGGACGGCGAUGAAAUGUUUUGUCGGUACAUGGGGUUUUAUCAACUCAACGUUGGUUAACACCACUUCCGGCGAUAUCAUAACACAGGACUGGGCCUACCCUGUCCCGUCCGGCAUGUCUCUAUUCACGCCCAACGGCUACACUGCCUUGCUAGUCACCGCAAACGACACAACUCGACCUGACCUGCGACCUCAGGGGCUGGACCAAAGCAACCCAAGCUCAUCGCCUGAUUCAGAGUGGGCCAAGAUCGGCAAGUACAGCGUCGCCGGCGCCGGACCGUUUCACCUUUCCAAUGUGACGGGCGAGAAGGGACCAGAGGGCCCAGAAGGCGUGCAAACCGGAGAGUUCCUGACAUCUACGCUCCCGGCUCGUCUUGGUCCUUAUGGGUUCACCUUCAAGUUUUACAACGACUGCUCAGCUUGGAACCUUCAUCAGGAAGUUGGGGCUGGGCUCCAGAGAGUCGCGUGGUACUACAAACUGCCCGAUCAAGAUGUAAAUUAA